ACCGCCUGCGAAGAAGUCAGUACAGUUUCUUCGUUGAAUCCAGAAGAGGUUAGACGCAGCAAUGGCAAGAACCAAGCAGACCGCUCGUAAGUCUACCGGUGGCAAAGCUCCAAGGAAGCAGCUCGCUACUAAAGCCGCCCGUAAGAGCGCUCCGGCCACCGGUGGAGUGAAGAAGCCUCAUCGUUACAGGCCCGGCACCGUGGCUCUGCGAGAGAUCCGCCGUUAUCAGAAAUCAACCGAGCUGCUGAUCCGCAAACUUCCCUUCCAGCGUCUGGUGAGAGAAAUCGCUCAGGACUUCAAGACGGAUCUGCGCUUCCAGAGCUCUGCUGUCAUGGCCCUGCAGGAGUCCAGUGAGGCUUACUUGGUCGGUCUGUUCGAGGAUACCAACCUGUGCGCCAUCCACGCCAAGAGAGUCACCAUCAUGCCCAAAGACAUCCAGCUGGCCCGCCGUAUCCGCGGAGAGCGCGCAUAAAUCUGUGAUCACAACAACUCCCAAAGGCUCUUUUAAGAGCCACCCAAAUACCUUAAACUAGACAAUUUCCAUUAUGUUUAGCAUGAAUACAAAUAUAAUUGGUUUACUUAAACGCAUUGGGCAUUUAAUUUGCCAUUUCUCCGUUUUUUAAAACAUGUUGCGUAAACAUGACAUA